UGUUAACAUCCGGUAACUUUUUUUUUUAGAAACUGUUGUCAAAGACGCUUUUCCAUCUUCUAACUUGAAAAAAUCAACACACUGCGAUAGACACGACAGAAAAGCGAUGGACAUCAUAUGAAAAUGGCGGGGAAUUGAGAUGAAAAUAUGAUCAAUUAACGAUGGCACAAAAGGAGGAUGGGUCACACCAUGCCAGCUAUGAUGACCUUCAUAUGAUACAUGACCUUCCUCCUCAUGAAAGGUCUCCUACUCACAGAGAAACAAAGUCCUUGCAUGACCUGCAUCUUGCUGUCAAAAACUCGGAGGACAAAAGAGUGACAGAAUUUCUCACCUCUGAUGAGUCACAAAUCAGAGCUCCAUCAAAGGGAAAGACCACCAAAACAGACAAUGUAGCUGACUCUGAAUUUGAGAGCACAGGUGUUCCCCUUCAAAUUCAGGAUGAGGCUGCUGUACUGGGGGAUGUUGGGGGAGGACAUUCCAAUGACUCCUCCCAGACUGAGGUCGGGGAAUCCCCCAGGUUACUGCUAGUGUCCACCAAAAUCAGGAACAGUAUCUACUUUCGACACAGUAUCAAGCCAAGUGUUAUCUUUGUCCAGUACAAGUAUGACUCCAUGACAACAGAUGGAAUUCUGGCCCUUGUGAAUCAGACUCUGAAUGAAAGGAAAGUGGACAGCAUUGCCCUGAUGAUGAGCUGCUGUGGUCCUAACAUCCAGAUCUCUGGCAAGGAUGACAAAGUUGCCUCGAAGGACACGGUAUGUGAGAACCAGCAGGUCAAGGACUUUUUCCUAACCUUGGUGACCUCCCACUUGAACUUUGACAUUGACUGUCCACACAUAGACUUCCUGGCUUGUAACGCUGUCCUUCAUCCAGACGGUCUUGCUAUCAUCAAGGAGCUGGAAAACCUCACAAAAGUCAAGGUUACCAUGUCUCGAGAUAUAGCAGGAAAUGACAGCAAGCAGAGUAGCUCCGAGAACAAAAUUAAUGUGGGAAAGUUAUACUUUCGAAUGGAGAAGCUGAGAGGUUUAAGUGGAAACAAUCAACAGUCAUUGGCAGGGUUUGAGAAAAUUCAGACUGUAGGAAAAGGUGCCUAUGGUGCAGCAGUACUGUACAGAAAGAAAGACGACGACUCACUGGUCAUACUGAAGGAAAUCAACAUGCACGACCUGAACGCAGCGGAGCGACAGCUGGCGCUGAAUGAGGUGUCCAUUCUCGCCAUGCUGGACCACCCAAACAUCAUCAGCUACUACGACAGUUUUGAGGAAGAUGGAGUUCUCAUGAUUGAGAUUGAGUAUGCUGAUGGAGGAACUCUUGCUCAAAAGCUUGCUGCCAUGGCAACCAAGGACAAGAACAUAGAAGAGAAGGAGGUUUUACAAAUAUUUCAGCAGAUUGUGGCGGCCAUUAGACACAUUCAUGAACUCAACAUACUCCACAGAGACCUUAAAACGGCCAAUAUUUUCCUGACCAAAGAGGGAGUGGUGAAAGUUGGAGACUUUGGGAUAUCAAAGAUGUUGAGCUCGGCAAACAAGGGAGCUAACACCGUGUUAGGAACCCCCUACUACAUCAGUCCAGAAAUGUGUGAAGGGAAGCCAUACAAUGAUAAAUCCGACAUUUGGGCAUUAGGCUGUAUAUUGUAUGAAAUGGCCUGUCUGCAGAAAACGUUUGAGGGAUCUAAUCUACCAGCUCUGGUCAACAAGAUCAUGAAGGGACAAUUUGCACCUGUCAAAGGUAACUACAGUGAGGAGUUCAAGUCCCUGAUCAUGGAUAUGUUAAAACAAGACCCUGAUGAGAGGCCGUCAGCCAAUGAAAUCAUGUAUACCAGGCUCCCUGAGCUGUUGAACAGGUUUGAGGAUCCUGACACAGACGAAGAACUAAGUCUGUCCCAGGGAAAUGUUAAUGAUCCAAAGUCCAAGAAAAAGCUCAGUCGUGCUCUGGACAAGCGGUCUGUGUUUUUCUACUUUGAGAGCUGCACAGCUUCCAUGACGCCAAUAGAACUUCCUCCAAAGAUUAAAAUCCGACAUGCUGCAGUGGGUGAAGAUCAUGUGAUUGUUGUCACCACAGAGAAACAAGUCUACUCUUGGGGGUCAGGGGACAAAGGUCAACUGGGUCACGGGAAUACGGAGAGUAAAAUGAAACCAGAGCUGGUUCAGUCGCUGAAUGGCAAAUCCAUAUCAAGGGCUUGCUGUGGGGAGGGUUUCAGUAUAUUUGCCAGUGACAAUGGCAUUGUUCUGACCUGUGGGGAUGGGACCAGUGGUUGCCUUGGACAUGGGGACACCCUCUCCUGUUACAGACCGCGCCUCAUUGAGACCCUGCUCAGUUUGGAUGUGAUCGCUAUCUCCUGUGGCAGUAAGCAUGUCGUUGUGGUGGGCAGUGAGGGAGAGGUUCUGACCUGGGGGUGUGGGGCUGACGGACGUCUCGGGCUGGGCACCGAGGACAACCACUGCCAGCCCCAGGAGCUGAGGAUUGAGGAGCCAGUGGUGAUCAGGGACGUAUUCUGUGGGGUGGACGGUACUAUGUUCCUGACGGACGUGGGGAGUGUGUAUGCCUGCGGUAGUAAUUCGGACAACAAACUCGGCCUCAACAACAGACAGGGCUUUAUCAUGGCCAUGAAGAAUAUCUUCACUAAGACAGAGGUCGAGGGGUCAAAUGUCCCGACCCCGGUGAGGGCGUUGGCCAGACAUCGAGUACUGGGGAUUUCUAUGGGAGUGUGUCACACCGCCGUCAUUGUGGAGCCCGGUCACAUCUAUACCUUCGGUAAAAACAGUGAGGGUCAGCUGGGGAUUGGUGACACAAAACCCUCGCGGGCCCCAGUGGAGGUCAAGGCCAUGUUGGAGAGUGUGGUAAACAGGGUACAGUGUGGGAACCAUUACACAGUGUGUAGCACCACCUCCAACGAGCUGUAUUACUGGGGACUCAGGAAUAAGACUCCAGUACAGACAUACUUACAGGACAAUGACUCCAAGUCCAGCACCACCGACAGCUUUGUCAACAACAAUGACCUUCGACUGGAGAGCGUGACCCCGAGGUCAGGGACCACCAAGGCCAGUCACUCCCGCCAGCCCAGCCUGACCAGUGUGACGAGCGCCACCAGUAAUAAGGAUUCCAUGCACGGGUCCCAGUCAUCAGUUCAAGGUGAAAUUGAAAGGGAGGCUGUCACUCUGAUGAAGAGCCCCGCCCACCGGCGUCAGACCAGUAUAGACAGCGUGGCAAGCAUAGCGAGUUUGACUGAUAGCGGUCUCCCCAGCUCCACUGCCAACACCCCCCAGGAGACCACACCCCAGGGACCCAUGGGCUUCAGACCACUCAGUAGUGUCAGAAAGCGGACACCCAGUGAGGGCAGUCUAAAGCCCGAGUCUGAGCACGGACCUCCAGACAACUCCGAGAUCAUAUUCCCUCCCAUGCAUCUAAUGAAAAUACUCAAGUCCGGCGAUGAGAUGUUGACCAUCAGUGGAUUCUUCUGUCACGGAGAAAACCUCUUCAUUCAGAUGGAAACAACAGCACCUCCACCCAGACGGAAAAAGCGAAAAAAAAUUGGAAUCAGGAAGCGGUUCAGUGGUAACACGCUCAAUGUUCCCGCAGAGACCCAGGCCCUGUACACAGCCUCCAGUAGGGAGGGCGGGGAUGAAUACUCAUCAGAGGCCUCGGAAAUCGACACUCAGGGCACUGUUCCUGCCUGGAUUAAGAAUGAAUUGAGAUUUAGUGAACAAGAGUCAAAGGAUGAUGGUAAUGAAGCCGAUGAUACAAGCGACCAAUCAGAUGAUACGUUACAUAGAAGGGUCGUCGACAGCUCCAUGUCUAAUAUUCAAAUAAACAAGAACUUGGCCCCAAAUCCAGGAAUUAUAGAGAUAAGCCCAAGAGACAAAAAGAAAGAACAGACAAAUGAACCCAGUUCCACAAAUACGUCCAAGUUGGUGAAGGUCCAGGAUUUCUCGCGUCGCUCAAUAUCCACAAACAGCACGGAAAGCGAGAUUGACUGCUCCACUGAUAAUGGGAGUAAAAAGGUUGGAGAUUCUGUUGGACUCAGGAAAAGCUCUCAGCCCACAGCCAAGAAACCCCCACAAAACAGACUCCCUCCUGGACCCCAGCGGCCGGUCAUCAGGGGCAAAGGUCAAACAAGAACAAGAGGAAAUGACUUGUCUUGGAAAGAAAAACUGGCAGCUCGAGGCUUUGUCUCGGAUGUCACAGUGAAAAGAAAACAAGAGGCACUGCAGAAUGAGCUAGAAAUCACGCGUGAGGAGAAGAAGAAGGCUGAGGAGAAGUUGAGGGAGAUGGAGGAGGAACACAAGUAUCAGCGAGAGAUGGAGAAGAGAGAGCUGGAGCGGAGGGCACAGGAGAGAGAGAAGAACUUGGAGGCCCAGAUACAGAUGCUGAAGCAGCAGUUAGAGUCACACUGCUCCCAGCUACAGGACAACCAGAAGUUACUCACCUCUUUACAGAGUGAGCUAACUAAAGUGAAGGGCCGAAAUCAUUCCAACCCUGACAAAGACAGUCGUGUUUGUGCAGUCAUGUGAUCAAAUCAUGUGUAUCAUUAAAUGUGUCAUGUGACAAUUGCAUGAAUAAUAUGAUUAGUCAUGUGACCUAAAGUAGUAUUACAUACCGGUAUGUAAUUGAGCAUAUGACGAAUUGAUGUGUUCAUAAUUGUAACAAAGCAUGUACAAAAUUGGUUAUUUUUCCCAUUCUACAAAGUAUUCAAUUUGUGCCUGUUUGAAAAUCAAUCAACCAGCACACUUAUCAUUCUUCAUUUCAAAUCAAUGGUAUUGCUUAUUUAUAUUUAUUUAACUUAAUUAUUGAACUUAAACCAAACUUUGUUAUAUAUGAAUAUAGUGAAAGAGUUAUAAGUUAUACUCGUUACUGUUGUUAGAUAACUUGUUGUGAUUGAUGUAUUUGUUGGCAAUUUUGUUUAUCACCGUUUCGUUAUCUUAUUUUUACACCAAAACCAUCACCAACUGAUUUUCCCCAUCAUUGAUCUAUCAGCAAGUCUGAUUCUCAAAGUGUCCGCCCACAAGCUAAUCAUCAGCUGGGUCCCAGCUCUGCCAAUAAUCACAGACUUAUGGUCGUUGAGUACUUAUAUAAUCUGUUGGUGUUUAUGCCAGCGGGCUGGUAUAGCCAACUAAUAAUUAAUCCCCCCAAAGUACUUAAGGACCCAUCAUGCAUCAUUCUGUGUCCAAUAAUGAGAGUCGCUGGGAUUGUUUUAUACAGGGUAUCCACAGUGGUGACAGAAUCCAAUCUAUUCUGAUCUGAAAAGGCUUUUUUUAGCUCUCAAUUAGGUUUACUAUUAUUUUUACACUUUGAAUAUGAUAUACAUUUCGUCAUAGGUUUUUCCGUCCCAACUUUAUUUUCUUUUUAAUGAUAUUUAUGUCCUUGGUAAUAGUAUUUUAUACUGUAUCUGCCACAAAAACUCCAUUUUUAUAUAAAUAAGAUCUCAAUACAAAUCCAGUGCAUGUACAUUUCUUCCAUUCAUGAUAUUUUACUGUCAGUUUUAAAAUUGUGCACCAACAUUUUUUUAAUGGAUAUUUUAAAUUAUAUUUAACAUAACUUUAUAAAAUGAAUUUUUUUAAGCUGUAAUUUGUUUUCAGUUUCUCAUGUAGAAAUGGGUAUAUGUACUAGCAUUCUUGGUUUUUUUGUGAUACAUAUGUAUAAUUUAUGAAAUUUAUAGCUUAUAUUGUGUAAAGAUAAUCAAUUUACUUUUCACUCCAAUGGAGACUAAAGAAACUAUGUAUUUGGUAAAUGUAGAUAAAACUCUUAUUUGUUUUUACAUACUUUAGUAAGCAAAAUUUGGUGAUGUUUUGUUUGCACUGCAAGUUAUAAAACCUUUAUGUCCUGAAAGGUAAAAGUUCGAUAAAAUCGAUAAGUGAUUGCAAAACGUGAUACAUGUACUAGACAAAGUUUAUGACCUUUUUUCACUGAAAUAAAAUGUUUUAUUUUGCAAUA